AAGUAGGACUAGAGACACGUGACACCAAUGACAAGGCCGUCCCGAAGUUUCAGUUUCAGUUGCACUAAAGAGUGCUGAGUCUCGAGAGGCCUCCAGAUGAAGAUAACGGUGACGCCCUCUCGGUUAGAAUAAGGUUCCACGAUAGGUUUCAAUUUUUUCCGUAAGUAUCAAAAAAUACAUCUUAAAAUGUUAAUAAAAUAUUACUACUAUAAUUCGACUUCUAAGAAAAGACCAAGUGUUUUGAACCUAAGGGAAUGUAUCUUGUUUGAGGGAAUAAAGUUGCUCUAACUUGUCCAAAUGUCUAUUUACACAAAACGUUGAGCCAAACCUGUCUUCUUCACUUUUCCCCAAAGAUACCUUUCGGAAAAAUGGCAUCCCACCAUCACUACCACCACCCAUACCCUACGGCCGCCACCAUCAACCCCACCACCCCCAUCACCACCAUCUGUUACUGCUACUCUUGUCACCCCACCCCCACUCCUACCCCCACCCCCACCCCAUACCCUCACCCUCCACCACCAAAUCCACACUCUACUCCUCAUUAUACCCACUACCCCCCUCCACAUCCUCACUUGUGUACUUCCCACCCACCCCCCUACAACCCCCCUACCCAAUGCCAAUGUGAACCCUUUCACCAAAAUCAUCACCAUUUUCAAGAAUUCAAAGUAACAGAUCAACAAACAGAUAGCAUUGUUACUUCUCUUCUCCGUCGGAUCGCCGCCUUAGAAUCUUCCCUCCGCCGCACCUCUUCUCCUCCUCGUACUCGUCAAACCCUACGCGAUGCUGCAGCCCGUACAAUUCAGACCCAUUUCAGAGCCUUUCUUGCUCGUAGAUCGAGAACCCUCCGGCUGCUGAAACAGCUUGCUUCCAUCAAAACAACUCUCUAUGUUCUCAAAUCUUUAGUUUCUGGCAAAACCCACUUUGAUGCUCGAGCUGUUAAACACAAAGCCUUGGAUUUACUUGUUAGACUUGAUUCUAUUGAGGGCGAUGAUCCAUUAAUCAGAGAUGGUAAAAGGUCAAUAAGUAAUGAAUUGGCUCGAUUUGUGAAGGCAAUUAACGGGGUUACCAUAAUCUCAAGUAGAGUAGUGAAGAAUGUGGGAGGUGGCUAUAAAGCUAGGGUCUUUUCCACUGACCGCAAAAUAGAAUUUGACACGAAUCGCAGCGAAGCCAUUGAUAAGUUUGUUGCAUCAGUGAAUGAAUCUGAAGACGAAGAGGAAGAAGAGGAGGAUCAGCAAAAUACUAGGUUGUCUGAUACUGAAAAAUCUGGCAUUUUACCAACUAGGUGCGGUGGUUUGGCCGGAAGUCACGGUGGGGUUAAACCCAAACGAAAGAAAUCAGUGACCUUUGCAGAGAAUGGAGGUGCUUACAGAGUUUUCCAUAGUUCCCCGGAGCCAGCUUCAGUGGGGAAUGUUCAUGAAAAAGAAUCUUUUGAUGAUGAGAUAGAGCUGAUAAAAAACCUCAACAAAAGGGUUGAAAAACUUGGCAUGGCAUCCAAGGAUUGUCAAGUUGCUGAACAAGAAGAUAGUGAAUCUAGUGGAAGUAGUGAUAAUGAAAGGGAUCCAAAUCAGAUUUCAAGAAAAGAUGGAUAUUAUGAAAGGAAUGUGAGAGAUGAGAAUGAUAAUGAGAUCGAAAAUGAGAGUUUCCUGUUCUCAGCACCACUGCCUGUGAAAAUGGAAGGUAGAGCUGCCGAUCACAUCAACAGGAAAAAGGGUGUCAAAAUAGUUGGCAAUUGAAUUGGUUCCGAACAAGAUCAAGGAUUGAACUUUGCUCUCCGCAGGAUCUGUUGAGCAUUUGCAGUUAGGUAGAAGUUAGGCGGAAUUUAGGCUUCUGCAGUUCUUGGUAAUUAUUUGUAAUUGUUAGUAAUGAUUGUUUAGAUGAGUACUGUUAGUUUUGAUAUGGAGGGUUCAUCUGUUUUGGGGUACUAAAUUUGAGAUGUUUUCUUCUCUGCCAUUGUUGUAUGGAUGGGAGAUCCUUUGGGUGUAAUGGUCUUAUUCUGAGGUCUUUAAUGAUUUGAGUGUUGAAGAGUUG